GGUCGAGAGCCGCGGCGUGUCCGUCCCCCCGCGGCUGGGCACACAACCCGUGCGCGAACGCCUGCCCGGGCCCUCGGGGGCAGCGCUGGGCCGAGGCGACCCGCUGCCCUCGCUGUGGCUGCGGUGGCUACAGAUGCGUGUGGAGGCCCUUCUCUGCAGUUGCUUGCCAAGCUGCUUCAUGAUACUCAAGAAGAUGAUGAUGAUGAUGAACAUGUGCCUCACUGUUCAGUUAAUGCCAUGACUCCUGGGACUAUUGGACCAGGAAAGAGAGAGACCACUGAUACUUUCCAAGUGAAACCUGGAAAUGAUAAAACUAUUUGGAAUACAGAGGAAGUCCCAGAAGGAUCUGAAUUUGAGGAUUCCUGGGACCCUAGAGAACAACCAGAGUGCUUGAUGAAGAUGUUGAACCAGACUGGCCCCAGAACCCAUCCCUGUGGAACUCCACUGGCCACAGGCCUCCAACCUGACUCUGUGCCAUUGAUCAGCACCCUCUGGGCUCUGUCAUUCAGCCAGUUCUCCAUCCACCUCACCUCCACUCAUCCAGCCCACACUGCCUGAGCUUUCUGAUG